CGGGCAUCGUUCAACAAGUCGCGCGCUCGCUUUCCGCGGCCGGGGCUCGCCGAUCGACGGGAUUACGGCGCCUCCGCCAAAAGCUACCAAAAAUUUUCACCGAAAUUAUUUCAUCCACAUAAUCUCACAAUUUUUUCCAUUAAACUUAAAAUCAUAGAAAAGUGACGCGAAAAUGUCGUUGGCAAUUCGAAUAAAACAGUUACAUGUGCCCAAGUGCAAAGGGGAGAAAAUCAUCAAAGUCGAAUUUCGAGGAGUUUCGCAUACUAAACUUCUUGAAGACACUGGUGAAGAAGUGAUCGUCAUAAACGAGAGAUACGACUGGCCUGUUGCGCGACCUGUUGACGGCGUCGAGGUGCUAACGAUCGAGCUCUUCGUCCGCAGUCGACUCUUCGCCGACAAACUUCUGGGCACCUACGGUGUGGUCCUCCAGCGCGUUGUACGAGAUUCCCGUGUUUCUGUCAACGACUGCCUGGUGGACGACAGCAACCGACCUAUUCCGGUUAACAUCCACUUCGACUUGUUAUACACCGCCCCGGAUGAAGCCAGCCUGUCCUUCGCCGGCAGCCAAGCAUACGGCAUGUUCGAGGACGAUCAACAAAUGCUCAUCAACAUUGAACAGAACAUCGCCAACCUGGAGCGCACGCUAGCUGAUCAAAGUCAACGUCAGCAGGAGACCGCGUCCGGAAGCCAUGACCGGAAGCGACGCAGCACGUCGGAGAAAGCCGCAACUCUCGAGAAACCAGAGCGGAAAAAAAGCAGCACGUUUAAAACGGUGCGGAAUUUAAUUAGAUUAGGCAAACAACGCCCCCCAAAAGAUACCAACACAACCGACGACGAAGAAAAUGCUCUCCUGCCCGAAUCCGGCAGAAAUUCACGACAAUCCGAAUGCGAAUCAACUCCAAUGUCUCGCGCCUGCAGCCAAACAUCACUAGACUCCAAUGCUGAUAGCCAAGCUUCCGUUUCCAUCGCUGAACGAGGUCGUAAAACGACAAGAAUAAAAACCGAUUUGAAAUCACGCGUGCAGUCCGUCCUCAAAGCCCAAGACUUCCAAGUCUGCUUAACCAUCAUUGAGGCGCGUCAACUCGCAGGACUCAACAUGGAUCCAGUGGUGUGCAUCCAAGUCGGCGACCAACGCAAAUACACCAGCGUCAAGGAAAGCACGAAUUGUCCGUACUACAACGAAUACUUUGUCUUCGACUUCCACAUGCCUGCAAUAAUGUUAUUCGACAAGAUAAUCACGUUAUCGGUUAUGCAUUCUAGAAAACUAUUGCGUUCCGGCACGCUGGUUGGUUCGUUCAAGAUAGACGUGAAGACCGUCUAUGAUGCGCAGGAUCACCAGUUCUACCACAAGUGGGCGCUGCUUACUGACCCGGAUGACAUUGCUGGUGGACCGAAAGGUUAUCUAAAGUGUGACAUCAGUGUCAUUGGCAAAGGCGACAGUGUUAAAGUGCCUCCGAAGAGCGAAAAAGACGAAGAUGACAUUGAAGCUAAUCUACUUCUCCCUGAUGGAGUGCCUAUCGACAGACAAAGAGCCCGAUACAUUGUUAAGAUUUAUCGCGCCGAUGGCCUCCCGAAAAUGAAUUCUUCUAUCAUGGCCAAUGUUAAGAAAGCUUUCACAGGCGAAGUGAAUGAUUUAGUCGAUCCAUACGUACAAGUCUCCUUUGCUGGACUUAUGGGUAAAACUAGCGUGAAAAAACAUAGCUACGCACCUGUAUGGAACGAACAAUUGGUCUUCACCGAAAUGUUCCCACCUCUAUGUCAACGCAUCAAAAUUCAGCUCCGGGACAACGAUCCAGUGAAGCCCACGGUGAUCGGAACGCACUUUAUAGAUCUGAAACAGAUCGCGAACGACGGCGAAAAGGGCUUCCUACCCACCUACGGCCCGGCAUUCAUCCAUCUCUACGGCUCCACACGUGACUAUUCCCUUAUCGAUGAACUUAGUUCGCUCAACAGCGGCCUGGGUGAAGGUGUAUCUUAUCGCGCACGUGUACUAAUUGCCAUCCGGACGGAAAUCACCGAUCAAGUUGACUUUGUGCCCACCGAGGUGGAGUUGGAGCCGACCGUUCCAAUUAACGAGGCGUCCUAUGGGAAGAAUGAAGAGUUUUUCCUCUUUACGAGUAUUCUAGAUGCGAGUAUGUUGGAGAAACGUCUGGGGGACAAGCCGGUCUACUUCGAGAUCAGUAUUGGUAAUGCUGGUAACGCGAUAGACGGGCAUAAUCAGUCGGCGAAGAUGGAGAGUUGGGGCAAUGAGGAGGACAGUGAUGAAUUGGAAAGCGUGUCGGUGGAUAGCGGUAGUUGGUUGAGCACAACGUCCCCGACCAAGCCGAUGACUCACGACAAACUGCACUACUUUAUGCCCUACUGGGACAACAAACCGUGCAUGCACGUGCGGAGCGUUUGGCCUGACUAUCGACGCCGGAUGUACAAUUCAAAUAUAAUCGGAAAAAUCGCUGAAAAACUCGAGGAAGGUUUGAAUGAAGUUCAUGCAUUAAUGGACGCUGAUAACUCCGAAAUGGAACAACGCCUGAAACAAGUCUUGGAUGAGUUAUCAGCAGGUUGUAACAAAUAUGUUACGAUUUCCAAAGCGUCUACGAGCGGGCCGGGCACAGGGAAAACAAAACUGGACAAGGAGCACUUAAAACUAUGCCAGCGUGAAAUGGAACAAAUUGCUACCGGCUCGAGAAAUCUGCGCGCUUUGGUCACAAAAAGCUCAUUCAAGGAGAGAUACAAAACGUCACUUACGUAUCUGGCAAAGACGAAACUUUUAGUUGAUGAUCCGCAACAUGCGUUACCGGAUGUGUUUCUGUGGAUCAUCAGCGGGGGAAAACGACAAGCUUAUCAUCGCAUCCAGGCUCGGGAUAUUAUCUACUCGAUUGUGGAUGAGGAAAGUGGGCGGGAUUGCGGAAAAGUUCAAACGAUGUUUUACAAGUUACCUGGCAAAAAAGGUCAAGGACCAAGCGGCUGGGCAAUCCAAGCCAAACUUGAGAUCUACUUGUGGAUGGGAGUACUCAAGCAUAAGAAGUACUUCGUCGACGGAAUUCCCAAAGGCUACGAGUUAUCCCAGGAACUCCGAAAUGCUGAACGCCCGAGGGCGCUUCCGCCAUGCAUCGUGCAUUACAAUGAAAAACACAUCUUUCAACUUCGCGCAAAUAUCUACCAAGCUCGUUCAUUAAUCGGCUCCGAUGCUUCCGGGUUAUCCGAUCCGUUCGCGAGGAUAAUCGCUGGUGAAUUUAGUAAAACCACUCAAGUAAUUGAUGAGACCCUAAGUCCCACCUGGGAUGAACUUUUAAUAUUCGAAGAGAUAUUAGUCUAUGGUGACGGGGAAGAGAUUCAAAAAGAUCCGCCGGCAAUAAUCAUCGAAAUCUUUGAUCAAGACAAAGUCGGAAAAUCUGAAUUUAUUGGCCGAGCAAUUGCUAAACCACAAGUUAAGCUAAGAUAUGAGCAAUAUGCAAAACCAAGGUUUCCAGCUGCGCUUGAAUGGUUUGAUAUUACACGGGGAACAGAUCGUGCUGGAGAACUUUUGGCAGCUUUCGAAUUAUUAGAGUUACCGUCAGAUGACUCUCCUCCACUACCAGAUAUCCCGAUGUGUAAGGAACGCCCAAUGUAUAAAGAUACAGAUCCAAAAGACAUGGGGCCUAUUCUUCCGGUCCCGCGAGGAAUACGCCCCACUUUAUCCCGAUAUCGAAUCGAAGUGCUUUUCUGGGGAUUAAGAGACCUCAAAAGAAUUCAUCUCCUCACCGUGGACAAACCCCGCGUGGACAUUGAAUGCGCCAGUCACAUUCUCAACUCUUCCAUCAUACAGAAUGCAAAGAAGAAUCCCAACUUUGCUAUGCCGGUUAAAUUUUUAGAUCUGGACCUUCCCGAACAGGAACUCUACCGACCUCCUUUGACCAUCCGCGUGGUUGAUUGUAGAAGUUUCGGAAGGUAUACCCUUGUGGGCACGCAUACAAUCAACUCCAUACAAAAAUACACCUAUACUCCAAUCACAAAACGAGAUAAAGACGCAGAGGAACGUAAAAAGUCCCUAAAUCACUUGAGAGCUUUAGAUACCAAUGUGGAGUUACAAACCACACCAAAUCACUUCUCAAUGCCGAAUGACAUCAGAGAACGCAGUCCAUUACUACCAAAGGACAUGAAUUUCGCGUCAUUAUCCACGUAUGGCACAGACAUACGCCCGGAUCGUAAUAAAAAAGAAUUAAAGAAACGAAAACAUAGCAUAGAAGAGGAUAUGGAGGAUGAAGAGGGUAGUAGGGAUUGGUGGACCAAAUAUUUCGCAUCUGUUGAAGAGAUGAUUAAUGAAUCCAAAGAGGCAAAGCGUUUGAAUCAGGAGAGUACGUCGAUGUUACUCGCCGCCGAGGAGAAUGCUCAACUGAUGGAUAAAAGCCCCAACGAGACUAAACGACGCUUCGGGUUCAAGACCACCGCAAAUGCGUCCAAGUUCGUUUCGAGGAUUAGUCCCAAGUCGGUGCGGAAACGGGUUAAACGAAAAACCGCGCUGUGUAAGGUGUAUCCGACCGAACUAGAGCAGAGGCAUGAAUUCAGCGGGUUUAAAGAAUGGCUGCAUUCGUUCGAACUCUAUAGAGGCAAGAAAACAGGGGACGAAACUGAGGACGACAGUCGUAUUGUUGGCUUAUUCAAGGGUGCAAUAAAAGUGUAUAAAUGGCCGCUACCAAAGGAUGUGGAAGACCACACGAUAAUGGGCUUUGAUCCACAGUAUGGAUUUUUCCAAGGACUACCCUCCAAUGACCCAAUCAGAGUUUUGGUGCGCGUGUACAUAGUAAAAGCCAACGAUUUACAUCCGAUGGAUCUGAAUGGUAAAGCAGAUCCCUACAUUUUACUCCAUUUAGGUUCGAAACGAAUUAGCGACAAGGAGAACUACAUUUCGAAACAAUUGAAUCCUGUUUUUGGAAAGUGUUUCGAGGUGGAGGCAACAUUCCCUCAGGAUUCACUCCUGACUGUGCAAAUAUUCGAUUGGGACCUUGUGGGAUCCGAUGAUAUGGUGGGCGAAACCAAAAUCGAUUUGGAGAAUAGAUUCUACAGUAGACACAGAGCCACGUGUGGACUACCAUCAAAAUAUGAAGAGAGCGGUUACAACAGUUGGCGUGACGCAAUGAAACCGACCCAAAUCCUCGCGAAAUUAUGCAAAGACGGCAAAGUGGAUGUCCCUACCUACGGAGAUGGAGAAGUGCGCAUCGGCCGGUAUACAUUUAAUCUCCAAACGGAAGAUUUUGACUUCUACACCACCAAAGACGUGGAGGAACACAUGGCGCUAGCUGUAUUACACAGAUGGCGAGAGUUUCCACGUAUUGGAUGCGAUUUGAUCCCGGAGCACAUAGAAACGCGGCCGUUGUACAACCCGGAUAAGCCGGGUAUCGAGCAGGGGAAAAUCGAGAUGUGGGUUGACAUGUUCCCGAUGGACAUGCCUUUGCCCGGCCCUCCGUUGGAUAUAUCUCCGCGUAAACCCAAGAGUUAUGAGCUGCGGGUUAUCAUUUGGAACACGGACGAUGUCAUUCUGGAAGAUGACGCUUUCUUCACUGGCGAGAAGAUGUCGGAUAUCUACGUUAAAGGAUGGUUAAAGGGUCCAGAAGAUUGUCAAUGCACGGAUAUUCACUAUCGGUCACUCACAGGCGAGGGUAAUUUCAACUGGAGAUUCAUUUAUCCCUUUGAUUAUAUGGUCGCUGAGCAAAAAAUCGUCAUCUCACGCAAAGAAUCGCUUUUCUCGUGGGAUGAAACCGAAUGUAAAAUACCAGCGAGGUUAGAACUGCAGGUUUGGGAUGCUGAUCACUUUUCGGCUGAUGAUUUCCUCGGGGCAAUUACCCUCGACCUUAAUAGGUUUCCCCGAGGAGCGAAAUCGUCGAAAUUAUGCACGUUGGAAAUGCUCAAGUCCGACUGCGUACCGAUGGUUAACAUAUUUAAACAGAAACGCGUCAAAGGCUGGUGGCCCUUCUUCGUUAAGAAGGAUAAUGAAGAUCUAGAGUUGACUGGAAAAGUCGAAGCGGAAUUUCAUUUACUGACCAAAGACGAAGCGGAGAAAAAUCCAGUCGGGUAUGGAAGAGGUGAACCGGAUGCACUUGAAAAACCAAAUCGACCAGAUGCAUCAUUCAUGUGGUUCCUGAACCCGCUCAAGUCGAUACGUUACAUCAUCUGGCACAAUUACAAAUGGAAGAUUCUCAAACUGUUGAUUAUCCUCGCUGUGGCGAUUAUAAUUUUGCUGUUUGUGUACGCUGUGCCUGGAUAUACAGUGAAGAAAAUGAUGGGCGCUUGAAGAAUAUCAAACGAUAUCAUAAUAACAUUAAAACUCCAAUUUUAACGUAGCUGACAAGAUAAUACUAGUUGUAAUUACGAAUAUUUAUUAUUGUUAUGGUUUCUGAUUGGUUUGAGACAUUGCUAGUGGUACGAAAUUCUGGUUUACGAGUAUGUAUGUUUUGUACCGAAACUUAUUUGAUGCACAAGUGAACCUUAUAGAAGCACUUCAACUGAGCAAACCGAAAUUAUAGUUGCAGGAGUUUUAGCUUUUAACUUAAUAGUAUACAUAUAUAUUGUUAAUGAAAUUUGGAUUGCUCAGGUCGAUAUUGUAAAUUAUCAAAAUGUAACAUAAUGUGAUGCAAUCAUUAUACCCAGAUCACUAAUUGCAAAGUACAAAACAUGUGAACUUGCAGUAUUUCUCAUGUCUGAAUCAGUCUUCUUUUAUUGAUUGAUUAAUCAUUAAUUUUAACUGAAUUUGCGAGUAUAAAGUGCUGACACAUCAUUUUAAAUGUUUUGUGAAACAAUUAUAAUUAAGAUUAGGACAUUUUUUAAAGAUUUAACAAAGUUUGUGUGAUUAUUAUUAUCUUUUUGAGUUAGACAGGUUCAGAUAGUGAUAAUUACUGUACACGCACUUCAAACACAUACAUGUAAGCAAGUUGUAAGUAAUCAAUAUGAAUCAGUGAAUACAGAAUCACACAUUUGACCUAACUAAUAAUAAUUAUUGUUAACAAAUAUGUAAUGUUAUUGAUGCAUAGCAUACAAUCGUGCGCAGAUAAGUCUCACAUAAAUUACAAUUUAAAUAAACAUUAUUUAUUCA